GAGUAAUUUACUACCAUUGUACAAUGACUGCGAAUCAUGUACGAAAGCGUCGAAAAGGAGGGUCAACGGAAAGAUAACGAUGCAUUAGUCAAAACCGAUAGUUGUGAUCCUCUGGAAGACGCAACUCCAAACUGGAGUUGUUACAGAUUGAUUAUUGAUCCGGGUUUGAACGGCGGAAGUCAGAAACUGUACCGCUAUGAUGGACAGCACUUCAGUGCGCCGCAUCCUGAAUGUUUCCCUGUGGAUGUUAUACAAGAUCCCAGAAUUGCACGUUUUUGGACAAAAUUCAAAGAAGCAGAUCUCCCAGUCCCCAAAUUUAAGGUUGAUGAGAAUUAUGUUGGAGCACCGAAGGAACUGACAUUUGCAUGGCUUAAUGACAACAUUAGAGAUGGAUUCCUAUCUGAAAUGUGUAAAAACUUUGGAGAGGUUCAAGAUUUGAAAGUUUUAUACAAUCCAAAGAAUAAGAAGCAUUUAGGAAUAGCAAAAGUUGUUUUUGAAUCUGUAAAGGCAGCAAAUAAUGCAGUAAAAAACCUCCACAACACUUCUGUGAUGGGAAAUAACAUCCAUGUAGAGUUUGACCCCAAAGGUGUGAAGAGGAACCGAUACUUCCAGAUGCUUGUAAGUGGUUUAUAUACACCUUUUACUCUUCCUGUUGGAGAAGAGGCCUGGGGACCCCAAUCACCUUCCUCAUUCUCUGACUCUUUAACUGAGUGUGAAACACUGAAGAAGCUGGCAUACACAUUAUCAUCAUCAUCCUCAAUAUGUAAUGGCUCCCCUUCGUUGGAUUGUUCUACUCCUUUAUCCAUGGAUACCGCCUACUCCAGCAUGCAUCAGGACACACCGAGUAGCUUCUGGCAGACCCCUCAAUACCAAGAUACCCCCUGCACCCCUUCUCUGACCCACAGUAGACCAGGCACACCAUCUCAGUGUGAGAAGACCCCAAAUGAAUCAACACUGAUAAACAGUGCCUCCAGUGUCUCUUUUAUUCAGUCCAUCCCAAACAUCUCACAGCUUCAGCUUGAUCAUGUGACUCAACCAGCCUCAAGUAAACCUAGCAUUAUUCAAGGUGCUGUGCAAAACUUUUGGAAGCUAGGUGGAGCUCCUUGUCAAAAUGACAGCUUUUCAAAUAGGCAAAGAACUCCAGGACGCAAUCCUCACUUUAGCAACCAAGUUCGUAGAGGACACCAGGUCAGACCUCUUGAGAGCAAGUACCAAAACUCAUAUAACCGUAGGCCACAGCACCACUAUAUACAUAGACCUGUAUAUAAGGGAGCUCACUACCGCUCUGGAUCUACAGCCAAUCAACUGCCUUUUAGAAAAUUUCAGGAUGCUCCAACCACACCAUCACAGCUCACAGGCCAAAACUUUACUGGCUCAAUCAAGGGCCUCAGUGUUAAACACAUAUCUGUUGGUGAAGAUCCUCCAUCACUUCCUAAUUUAGAUAUACUGCCUCAAAAGGCUAUUGGAGUGGAUGUUCGUCACAUUCUUCUUGAUAUACAUAUAAAUGCAAAUAAGUCAGAAAAUAAUUUCAGUGGUACUCAAGUACCUUCUAAGACAAACCAUGAGGUUAACCAAAAUCACUCAUAUACUCCAAACUCUUCCUCUGAAACCACAGAAGAUCAUUCAGAGCCUACAGAGCAUUGUCCUUCUCCUGAAUCUGAAUCUCCUGCUCUGGAAUCAAAGCCUGACAGCCUGGACUUUCGUAUCCAGAUGCUUCUUAGUGGUGGAAGUCCAGUUCUGCCUCUUCUGAACCAAGAAAGUUCAGACUCAGAGACUUCAGCUACUGAAGAGCAUGGUCCAGACUAUCAUCCUCAACCUUCUCCCAAAGCUCCCAGCCCCUCUCCUUCUCGUUCCACAGAUGUUGUCCUAAACUGUGACCAAACAUCAUCUAUUGCGAGUAAUAAUGGUUCUCAUGCAAGAGAAAGUUUAUCUGGUAUUGAGGAUGUGAGUCUCACUUCUCUCUGUGAUGUGGGAAAAGAAGACCAUGAACUUCAAUCAGCUAAGAAGCCCAAGGUCAACCCAAAUGAAGUUGAAGAUACUUCAGAUCAGCCGUGUAGUAUACCAGUGAUCUGCAGUAACAGGAGCUCUUUACCUCCGACCAUUCCUCAAAUGCCCCCACCUCCAAUCCCUAUAUCACCACCUGCUCACUACCCCUGCCUUCCAUCUCCUAAUUUACCCUCAAAAAUGGGUCCUCCUCCACCAAUGGCUCCAUUGUUACUUGGAUACACUCUGCCUAGUUCUUCUUGUUCAUUGUACCCUCCUCCAAAGAUCCAGCAAGUCUGUAGGCCACCCAACUGGCAGGGUAGCCAAGUACCUCUUCCCAUUCCUACUAGAAUAACACAAGGGCAAACCUCAUUCUCACCUCCCUUCCUCCCUCCAACCUUCAAUUUCAUGACUCAUCACCCACCAUACCCUUCCGCUGGGUGUUCAUCUACAAUGUUGAGGUACAGACCACCUUGGCCUCCACCCCCCAUGCCUAAGUUUGACCCCUCAGUACCUCCACCGGGGUAUGUCCCUAUGAAUGAAUCACCCCAUAAGCCAACAGUGGAUGGAGUUCUAGCUGUUGUUGCUUCAGAGCUACGGGCUAUCGUAAAGAAAGACAUACAUCGCAGAAUAAUUGAGAUUGUUGCCUUCAAAGCGUUUGAUCAGUGGUGGGAUGAUAAAGAACUGGCGGCUAAGGUAUCCACCCCAACUGUUAAAUCAGGAGGAAAUAAAGAUACAAUGCUCAGAGCGAUGGAGCAGAGCCUAAGAAUGGGGAAUGCAGGGGUUGAAGGCUCUGUAUUGGGCACAGGAAAAAUAAGUCUGCAUGGUGGCAUCAAACUACCAUCUUUUAAGAGGAAGGAUCCAUUAACUGAGGCCUCCAGUGAUGUCAAAAGGGUCUGCCCUUCUCCUGGUCCUGAGCACUCGGAGGAUGAAGAAUCAGUGCAGCAAACAGCCCUAAAUAAUGUUGAAGAGGACACAACCAAAAAUCCCAGUGAGGACACUAUGGUGAAACGCAGGCAUUCCAGACCUCUGGCAUUAGAUAGUGAGGAAGAAGAAGAUGAAGAGGUUCCUGACAAAGCAGAGAAUCCAAAAUCUCAUGUGUCUGCUCAGGAGGGUGAUGAGAUGAAAGUUGAUCCUAGUGGUAUCACAGAGGAUGAAGAUCGCUCAGAUACAGACCCCAAACAUUUGGACAGUUGUAUUCUAUUUCCUUCUCCUUCUCCCACAGGUAUCCAGGAACUUUCCUCCUCACCCAUUUACCACUGUCCUCCUCUCCCUUCCUCAUACCCCACAUAUGAGGAAAUACCAAAAACACCAGGCCGGGUCAAUGGACCACGCCACGUUUAUCACUCUGAGGGAAUAACACCAGCGGGAUUACUGCAAGAGACCUCACUGAGAAUGGGAAGCCCCUGUAACCCCGUCCUCUCUCCAUGUGCUGACAGUGGGAUCCCGAGGACUCCAGGGAGAGACAUGUCUCCAUCUCCACCUUUCCAAACCCAUAGAGAGCUGUGGGCUAGUGCACUCCAUCAUCACAACUCAGAGGUGCAAACUAACUAUUUCAGUAUAAAUAGUAGUCAUGCACCUCACGACCGUCAUAUCUCCUCACAUCGAAGAGCUUGUUUAGACACGGCACGCUUGAAAAGGCGGCGAGAGCGGCUUAAAAUGAGAAGACGAAUGAUUGAAUUACAACGGACAAGAAAAUACACAAAUAUAAAUACUCAUUCGCCCUUACAAGUGAACAAUGUGACAACACAAUCUUCUUCAAAUCGGGUUUUGAGGCCUUUGGAUUGUGUCUCAGAUAUUAGGACUGAACAAAAACCACCAGAAGCCCAUCGAGAGAAGUGUUCAGUAGAAGACAAACACCAACCGAAUGAGAAUCGAAGGCUUCAGGAGUCUUCUUAUGUGUGGAGAAGGUGGAGAGAACCAUCAUCGACACGUCGCCUCAUCUUCUCUCCACGUUCUGAGAGAAGAGAGAAGUUGGUCCUCCAUGCUGUGUGGACUAAAGGGGUGAAUGAGGAGGAGAUCAAUCACCUGAAGGCCACCUAUGAGAGGCUUGUGGUGGAGGAUAAAGAAUGUGAUUGGUUGAACAGCACACACUGGGUCCCACAUCCUCCAACCAGCACUCCUGACGACAGGCCUAGUAGAUGGCGGGAUGGAAUCAGGAAUCAUGUGACAGGCUGUGCACGCAGUGAGGGUUAUUACUUCAUCAGCAAGAGGGAAAAGCUGCGAUAUCUCAGGGAUGAACUUUCUGCUUCAGAAGAGUUUAUUUCAGAUAAUCAGGGGAAAAGUGUGCCAGCUCAGAUUCCAUCUUCAUCCAGAUCAGGAUCAGAACUCCGAGCAGAACAGCGUCGCCUGUUGUCCUCCUUCAGCUGUGACAGCGACCUCCUCAAAUUCAACCAACUCAAGUUCCGUAAGAAGAAGCUGCGUUUUGGCAGGAGUCGUAUUCAUGACUGGGGGCUGUUUGCAGAGGAACCCAUUGCUGCAGAUGAAAUGAUAAUUGAAUAUGUAGGCCAGAGCAUUCGACAGGUGAUCGCAGACAUGCGUGAAAGGCGCUAUGAAAAGGAAGGUAUUGGAAGCAGUUAUCUGUUCCGGGUCGAUCAGGACACUAUCAUUGAUGCAACCAAGUGCGGUAACCUGGCAAGAUUCAUCAAUCACAGUUGCAAUCCAAACUGCUAUGCCAAAAUCGUCACUGUCGAAGCGCAAAAGAAGAUAGUCAUCUACUCUCGGCAAUCUGUUAAUGUAAAUGAAGAGAUCACUUACGAUUACAAAUUCCCUAUUGAGGAUGAGAAGAUCCCCUGCCUGUGUGCUGCGGAGAACUGUAGAGGAACCCUCAAUUAGACAAGGACUCAUCUUGUACACUCAAAGUAUUAGCAGUAAACAUGUUUCAGUUAACAUGAACCUGAAGGGUUUUAAAUAUAUUCACAAGGACGUAACAUAUUCCUGACUGUCACAGACAUUUGUCAUUUUUCACAGGGGCAAAUGACAAUCUAACAUGAAGGUAAAUGAGUAAUCAUUUCCAGAAGCUCAGGUUUUAUAUUCUGCGUGUUUAAAUUCGGAAAAUGUC